AGUGAUGUGUCCGCUCAUGAAAAGAACAUGAGAGACAGAAAGAAAUUUCUGGAACAAUUGGAUGAAAUGACGAGAGUAGCCGCAAAUAUGGAAAAGAAACUUGGAAUCACCUGUUUCAGGGAUGUGAUAGACUAUGAUCCUGAGAAGCACAACUGGUACAUUCCUGGACUGUGGCAAGGGGUUCCACCAAUGGCUCCAGUAAACUUUGGCUACAGUGAAAAUGUUUAUAAGUUAAAGAAGUAUUUGCUGGGAUUUUUAAAAUCGCAAAAUUCUGACAGGACUCAGUGCAAAAUCACCGACUUUAUCAAAUGGGUAGAAAGUUUGUGGCGAGCAGUGAAAUAUGAGAAGUUCAUCUUUAGUUUCAGAAACAGUCUGGUGGCUGAAGCUUAUACCAAACUGUCUGUGCAAUACUCUCUGUGGGACUGGGACUUUAAAAAAAAGGUCCAUAGCUGGAUGACCACCAAAGAGACUCAUAUCAGAAAUCAAUCUGCAAGGAGUCUCAAUGCUAAGAUGCACAGGCAGUUUAUAAGUGAACUUCAGAGCUUACUGUUAGUAGAGGAAGAUGCAAUGCUGAAGCUUCUAGAAAAAUACUUUGAAAACAAAAGUGAGAACGUUCAUCUUAUUGAGAGAUACAAGGAAGAUUUCUGCAUGAGUGCAUUUUCCAUCCAAAAAGGCAAAUUCAAGAUUCGGGAGAUUCAGAAGACAUGUCAAAAGCUGAUGGAAGAAGAAUUAACAAAUCUCUUAAAAAGGUGCAAAGAAAGAAAUUGUGAACUUGGUGACAUAGAUGCAAAGAAAGAAUUUGAAGAGAUGUGGAAGAAAACACUCU